CCGGAAGUGUGUGACGUCGCAGAACAACAAAGAUGGCAGGAAUAGGAAGCAGCAACUAUUGGGAAGAUCUGCGAAAGCAGGCCAGACAGUUGGAGAAUGAACUUGACCUGAAGUUGGUCUCCUUCAGUAAACUGUGCACCAGCUACAGCAGCUCCAGAGAUGGACGGCGAGGAGACACGUCAGACACCACUCCUCUGCUAAACAACUCAACCCAGGACAGGAUGUUUGAUACGAUGUCAGUGGAGAUUGAACAGCUGCUGGCGAAACUAACUCUUGUGAAUGACAAGAUGGCAGAGUAUACCAACACCCCCGGUACAGCUUCUCUCAAUGCUGCACUAAUGCACACCCUUCAGAGACACAGAGACAUCCUACAGGAUUACACACAUGAAUUCCACAAAACCAAAGGCAACUUCUUGGCCAUUAGGGAAAGGGAAGACCUACUAGGAUCUGUCAGAAAAGACAUUGAGACUUACAAGAGUGGCUCGGGGGUCAACAACAGAAGGACAGAGUUGUUUCUAAAGGAACACGAGCACCUGAGAAAUUCUGAUCGACUGAUGGACGACACAAUAAGCAUUGCCAUGGCGACCAAGGAGAACAUGACCUCCCAGAGGGGUAUGCUGAAGUCCAUACAGAGCCGGGUCAACACGCUGGCCAACCGUUUCCCAACCAUCAACAAUCUCAUCCAGCGAAUCAACCUGCGGAAGAGACGAGAUUCUCUCAUCCUCGGCACGGUGAUCGGCGUUUGCACCAUCCUCCUUCUGCUUUACGCUUUUCAUUGAACUCCAGGCCUGUUAACAUCCAUUAAAGGGUGGUACUGUUCUGCUCUGUACAUUGUGGGACCACCAGGGAACUGAGUUCAGCGAUUUUGAGGGUCCUGGAGGCUCCUGAACAGAAGGACAUUCAGUUGGUCUAGUCUGAUGAUGGGAACAAAUUUGGCCAACAUGAACUACUGAACUUGUAUUUAGUGAUGGGACAGAUGGAGGACUGGUGGUUGGGCACUCAUCUACCAACCAGGGAACGGAGACCAAAAGUACAAAUAAACUAGAUUUUAAAAAUUAUAUUGAUAACUUACCUGGAGAGAAACUGUGCUGAGGAAAGUGUGAAGAGACUGAGACUGUGUUGCAUAAUUUUUUUCACAGGUGGAAGGAUUUUUAUUUGCGCGGUUCUUUUUAAUUGAUGGAGCGGGGUGGAUCAUUCAUUGUUGGCUGUAAAAUGUGAAUUAAUAAAUUAUUCAUAUCGGUGUGUGACACUACUAGAUACUCAACAUUUAUUUUUCAAAAUACAUCGUCUAAACUGUUAAAGUCUUCUGGGCCUUGUCAUUUCAGAGCAUGUCUAGCCACAACAUGGCUCAGUUUUCAUUCUUGUUUCAUCUUACAAGAGCCACUAAGUAAGUCUCAGAUCCAGUUGUAGUAUACCAGACUGUGUUAAGUUCACUGGUUUGCUGCAGACAGACUGUGGAGAGUUGUAUUUCAUCUGAAAUGAACAUUUGGUUUCACCUCAAAACAGACGGAAGCCGAAGGAUUUAAAGGUGGGAGCUAACACAGUCGUCCAAGGAUGAAAUGAUCGCAGUUAGGGCUGAAAACUCAUUAGAUUAAAGUCUUAGUUUCUAGAUGAGCGUUUAAGAAUGUGAACAAGGCAGCUGUGUGAGAAACAUCAAUGUGUUUUUGUCUCACAGCAUGAGGAUGUUACUGGACUGGAAUCAAAAUAAAAUAGCCUCACUUCAAUGGACCACA